AUGGCCGCUGCGGGCGCGUCCUCCAUCUCCGUCACCGUACGAGUCCGACCUUUUACCAUUCGAGAGGCAGCCCAGGUGACGCGCAAUGACGACCAAACACUGUUCCUCGGUGAUGGAUCGCUGGCCGGAGUGCCUGCACCAAAAAUUCACAAGGGCAUCCGGCCGGUGAUCAAGGUCAUGGAUGAAAAGUGCUUGAUAUUCGACCCCCCAGAAGACAGCGCUAUACAUAGAUUCGGCCGGUCAACAACCGGACCUCAAGGCAAGCGAGCAAAGGACCAGACAUUUGCAUUCGACCGAGUAUUCGACGACACGACUUCCCAGAGCGAUGUAUACGAAGCCACGACCAAGCCUUUGUUGGACAGUGUGCUUGAGGGAUACAAUGCAACCGUCUUUGCAUAUGGUGCCACAGGAUGUGGAAAAACACAUACCAUCACUGGAACAUCACAGCAGCCCGGCAUAAUCUUCCUCACUAUGCAAGAACUAUUUGAAAAGAUUCAAGAAGUACAGGAUGAAAAGGCCACCGAGAUCACACUCUCGUAUCUAGAGAUCUACAAUGAGACGAUUCGCGACUUACUGGUGGAAGGUGGCAGCAAGCAUGCCCUGAUGCUGCGGGAAGAUGCGAACCAAGCAGUUUCUGUUCAAGAAGUCAUGGAUAUGAUUGUCCGCGGCAACGAAUACCGAACUAUGUCGCCUACUGAAGCCAAUGCCACCUCGUCCCGAUCUCACGCCGUCCUCCAAAUCAAUGUCUCUUCCAAAGACCGCAACGCCUCCGUCAAUGAGCCUCACACAAUGGCUACGCUCAGUAUCAUCGAUUUGGCCGGAAGUGAGCGAGCUAGCGCUACUAAGAACCGUGGAGAGCGAUUGACUGAGGGUGCCAACAUCAACAAAUCUCUUCUCGCAUUGGGAAGCUGUAUCAACGCUCUGUGCGACCCACGGAAACGCAACCACAUUCCGUAUCGUAAUUCGAAGCUCACCCGAUUGCUCAAAUUCUCGCUCGGAGGCAAUUGCCGCACUGUUAUGAUUGUUUGUGUUAGCCCGUCAAGCGCCCAUUACGAUGAGACACAAAACACAUUGCGCUAUGCCAACCGCGCGAAGAACAUCCAGACCAAGGUCACAAAGAACGUAUACAACGUUAACCGCCACGUCAAAGACUACUUAGUCAAGAUUGAUGAGCAAAGACACUUGAUUGAGGAAUUGAUGAAGAAGCAAAAGGAUUUUGAAGGAAGUGCAUUCAUCAAAUACCAAAAGCAGAGCGAGAAGAAGGACGGUAUUCUACGUGAUGCUAUCAUACGUCUACGUCAAGCCUACGCGGAUUCAGAACCCGAACGUCGGGAGCGAUUCAACAUGUCCAAGACACUGAAGCAAGCUGAAAAGCGCAUCUCGCUCAUCUCUUCCUGGAUUGCAGCAUUCGACAACGUCAGAGAUAUCAGGGAAAAUGAAGAGAUGCCACCACAAAUCACUGCGAUGAGGGACACUGCGGUCGGGAUUUCAGCCGAGCUUGAGCAAACGAGACAGCAUUGCCACCGCCGUUUGGAGCGUACUAAUUGGACAAGUAAAAUGGACACUGCCCUCCAAGUAGGACUGAGGGGUCUGGCAGAAGUCGACAACAACGCCGAUGGCCGUGACGCUGCCAAUCUGACAAGAGAAUACGAACUCCUCAAGUCGAAUGCAGACCGCGAACUUUUCAAUGCUCUACUUGACCAAGAACGAGGCGGUGACGCUGCCAUUGUCCAAGUACUUGUCCAAGCGCACAUUGAAACUGUUGCAAUUCUGAACCAGAUCACUCAAAUGGACGAAGCCGACGCAGUCGCCGCCGCACGCAAAUUAUUGACCAAGAUCAUGAACGCGUGUACAACCGCUACUUCACAGGCCAUUCGUCCAGAUGGCGGCUUGUCAGUCGCUGGAUUCUCUGAAUCAAACUACAAGGGCACGCCGAAGCGAAAGAAGCCUAUCAACAUCAUAGAGCCCUCUCCAAUGCGCCCAUUGGCCUUACCGACACUGGCUGAUGCGUCCCAUCUCACUGCAUCGCCUGCAAAAGCGUCGCCACGCCGAAAGAAGCUCUUGAGUGGAGUGAAGAAGGGCAUCCAGUUUUCUCCUAUGAAGAAGAAGUCGCCUUCGAAGAUUAAGCGAGGAGUGCGGUGGAGGGACGAUACUGAGAACGGCACGCUUGCGGAGUUCCAAAAGACACCUGAACAUGUUGAAGGUACCCCAACUACCACCUCAAUCGACAUGCCGCAGCCAAACUUCACCGCUCCCGCUCCUGCUCCCGCACCAAGACUAGAUGGAAGCAGCUCUUCGCCCAUACCCACACCGCCAAGGGCGACUGUGGACCUCAAAGGCACAUCGCGAUUCGCGGUUGGCGCCCUUUCGAAACGGCCUGACGGUUCGCCUACCUCGCGUAUCCCAGCCCUAUACACCUCGGAUUCUGAUGGCGCGUCGCCUCUACGCGAGAUGACUAGCAAUCUACGUGGUUCUGGGCUGAGCCACGUACAGAGCGCACUUUCUGAUGCUGCGGCUGAGGCAGAUAGUGGUAACUCUAGCUCAGAAGGAGAAAAGUGGACAGCAUCAGAUGCACGUAAGAUUAGCCACGCAAUUAGGCGGCGCUCUUCUACCAAUGCAGGCUCCGUACCAAUCAGCCGCGCUCAUCGGCGCCGUAGCCCAACAGCAGCGACCAUUGGAAGUCCGCCUGGCGAGAACUCACUUCUAUCUGCGGGUGCAGCACGCCGCAUGGUCAAGUCCAACCACGACGCUGACUGGAAACACAGCGUACUCAGUCCGCGAGUCACGCCCAUCAUGAAAGGUGCUGCAAGACGUACUACUGUAGCUAAUGGUGAUGACCGACCACGGGAGGCGCCGGCAAGCCUCAGCUCGCGAGCACCUGUUCGCAUUACCAGUGGCUCUUCUGCGAGAGGUACUAGCCUGAUGCCUAACUCUAAGGGCGUUUGGCGUUAA